AUGCCUGCCAAACGACACGCGGCCUCAACCACCUCCGCAUCAACAGCGUCGACGCCCGCAACCCUUUCCUCGGGUCCAGCAACCCUAAAAACCAACGCGUCAGCCGCUGAAAUUGCCCAGCAUGUGUGGCAGCAGUACCUCGCGACGACGUCGCAGCGCACAAUGCUCCUCGACGCUUUCAUGGCUUUCCUAGUUCUCGUCGGCGGCUUGCAGUUCUUGUACUGUGUGCUAGCAGGAAACUAUCCCUUCAACGCCUUCCUGAGCGGUUUCUGCGCCGCUGUCGGCCAAUUCGUGCUUACGGCUAGUCUCCGUAUGCAGACAAGUGAUAAAUCGGGGCCGGUUGUGAGCAAGCCUAGUUCGAAGGGCAAGAACGCUCGGUUUGUGGAUGACGAUGACGAGGAGCAAGUGUCUGGCUAUUCGCACGAAAGGGCUUUCGCCGAUUACAUCUUCGGAAGUCUAAUCCUACACUUCUUCUGCAUCAACUUUAUCAACUAA